GGUUCGAACGGCCAGACGCAGUUUCCUCGAGAGAGACUCUCCUGAAGGAAAUUUUCUUUUUUUUUCCCUUUCUUUCUCGAGACUGAAGGAAGGAAAUCUUUUUUUAUCUCUUCUCGUCCAUUCCGAAGCGGAGUCCCCCAUGCCCCUGCUGCAGGGUCAGCCGUUCAGGCUCAUCAGGCCCCCCGACCAAGCGGCGUCCGGAGGGGACCUCUUCGUGAUACAACACACGGGGGAGAAGUUCGCCAACAAGAGCGACUAUGAAGACAGACUGGCUCUAUACAGUCAGAGUAUCUGGACCUGCCAGUGCACAGGCAAGUCCGGCCUCACACACCAGGAAGCAUGGACCAGCGAGGCCAAAGUGCGAGUGCUCCUCAACGCGUCUUUCCCAUCACCCCUCGUGAAACCCCUCCUUCAGAUGAUACACCACAGUACUUUGCCUCUUGAUCAGCUGGUAGAGGCGACUUCCAGCCUUUGUUACUCUCGUUUCCACCAAGGAGAGGAGCUAACUCUUUUAGGGCCUCAGCCAGUACAAGUACGUGUGACAGGGUCAAAGGAAGCUCCGGUACAAAUUAAAACAGAAAAUGGUGCCGCUGAGGAAGAACACACAGCAAAGGAGGCCCCCCAGUCUCCUACACCCACCACCCCAAAAGUUGCGAACGGAUGCUCACCGCCAGAAAAUGAAAAUUCAGUUGUUAAUGGCACAGGAAAUGGGGUGACAGAGAGUGAAGAGACCAGCCCAAGCAGUGGGAAAGGAAAGGAGGACGCAGCUGGAAAGAAGAAACUGUUGCCAUUGCUCUACGAUGUUUCCGUCAUUGGGGAAGACAGGAACAUCGUAGACGUUCCUGCGAAAAAUCUGCAGCGAACAUACAAAAUUCCUCCCAAAGAACACUUUCGUCUCUUUAUAAGAGCCAAUGCCAUCAGACAACGGUCGAGCUGUUACACCCCUUGGAACGUGACAGAGGAACUUGUAAAACAGUACAACAUCCAGGGUAAGUUGGCCUCCAUAUUCACACAGCCGAGGAUGGGUGCCGUCACCAAGAAGAGAAAGCUGGAAGGCCAGGGUGAAGAGAAGGUGAAAAAGCCAAAGUCGGAGAAACCAGAGGAGACAGUGAAAAAGCCAAAGCCCAAGACAGACAAGGAGGCAACUAAAAAAGUGAAGCGCGACCCUGAUGCCCCCAAGCGCAAGCCCGGCCCUAAGCCAGGGUCAAAGCGGACUCCAAAGGUGUCGCCCAAGGUGUCGCCCAAAGCAGAAAGCCCCGUGAAAACUCCCCCGAAAUUACAAACCCAAGUGAAGUUGGAGUCAAGUGACAGUGAUGACGAUGUGUCCCUUGCGGUGCUUGCAAGUCGUUCGCCAAAGAUGAAAAACGGUAACACAGAAUCUCCGAAAUCCAGUACGCCUCCAGAACAAAAGACGCCGCCGGGCAUUGUGCCCCUGGUCAAGAGCGAGAAGAGGGAAGUACCAGAAGAAGUCAAGGAAAAUUCCAAGAAGAUGAAGCAAGCGACCCUCUUCGACAUGAAGACGCCAAAGAAAGUGGGUACCAAAUCCCCAGGUUCGAAAGCCACCCCGAGAAGAUCGCCUCAAAAGAGAGAAAUCACAGCAGAAUCUGUUAUGCGCUUACCUCUAAUGAAGAAAAUGGUGAGUGACUACAAACACUACAAAGGAGUGCAGGGGGGAGGCCGCAAGCUGGUCUACACCAUGGAUCAAGUGCUGAAGAAGCUCUCCAUCCAGCAAGUAGAGGUAAUCCCUGAUGAGGGUAUAAGAAAUGAUCUGAUGAAGAGACAUGAGCGCAUCAUUGAGAAACGCAUUUUAACCAAGAUGGCGCCAGAGGAGAGAGAAGAAUAUCUCAAGCAAAAGGCCAGGGAAGUGGCUGAGAAGCGUAUCCAGACCAAGCGCGAGUUGAAACGCAAGAUUGAGGACAAGAUUCUCAUGGACACCAAGCCGCUCCCUCAGCCAAAGCUCGUCUCCACCCCGGAGGAAAUUCCAAACUCACUCUUUGGGGAUGUGGCUAUGAUUGUAGAGUUUAUCGACUGCUACAGGGAAAUACUUGUACCUGAGAAGAAGAUGAGUAUUACGUGUAACAAACUCUUACAAGCGCUCUCUGCAGGAACGAAAGGUUACAAAAUUAUUGCUGAAGUCAUAAGCCUUCUGCUGCAUGUAAUUCUUGAUGACGAGAGAUUUGGCGAGAGAAAGGAACUAGGUGUUAAGAUCAAAGACCUGACCAUUCAUUACCAAACCGCCAUAGAGCUUGCACGACUCUGCCUCCGUAAAAAGGAGACCUCAGAUGCCGUCAGUCAGCACUCUGACGAUGACAUGGGAGAGGAGCAGAAUGAGCUGUCUGAUGGCUUGCUGGAGAAACUAGAGUCGUGUGAGCUGUAUGAACUCCAAACCGAAGACAUUAUCAUGGUCCUGAAAGCCUUGUGCCAUCAUGCCAUGGCUUCAUAUGCAGCAAUCGAACACGUGGAAGAAUUGGAAGAGAAGGUGUACUCUCUCUACAAGGAGCGUGCACAGAUUAAGAAACAAACACUGAAGGAGGAGAUGGAGAAGAAGAAGCAGAAGAAGGAGGAACGCAUAAAGAAGAAGACCGACAAAACAAGCAUUACCAAAAAGUCCCCGGGCCGUCCCAAAGGCUACAGCCCCAAAAAGAAAGCCGUCACACUGGAUUCCUUCUAUGGGAAGAAAGAGGAGGAAGAGGAAAGUGGACCAGACAUAAUAUCUCGGGUCAAGAACAGGCGACUGACUGCUGAGGAGUCCAGAAAGGAGAAAGAACUUUUGAAGCAGCAGGAACGCGAACAGUUAAUGAAGGAAGAAGAGGAAAGGAAACGAGAGAUGGUCGUCCUGGAGUACGAGAAAGUACUGAAUCAGAAGGAGUGUCUGAUCCGCUUGCAGCCCUUAGGGGUGGACAGAAAUCACGACCGAUACUGGAUCUUCAAGUCCACUCCAGGCCUCUUCAUUGAGAAGGGCUGGGUGGACUCCAACACCACAUAUUGUACAAAGCCCAAAUCCCCAAUGAAGGGAACAGCCAGCUCGCCCUCCAAAAUGAGUAUCAAGCAGGAGUCCGAGUCAGAUUCCGACGACAAGCCUCUCUCGGCCAUAAAGGAGGAAUUGGCCACCACGCCCCAGAAAAAGGUUAGCAGUACAGGACGUCCCCGGGGCAGGCCCAGACUGAACAAGCCCACUGGUUUUAUUGCUAACAGUCCAAAUAAUGCACAGGUUGGCAGUGCAGCUCGUCCUAGGGGAAGGCCGAAAAAGAUCAAGCCUUCUGAUUUGAAUGUUAACAGUCCAAAUGCUGAACAGGGUAGCUCUGUGGGAAUGCCUGUCAGACCCAGUGCUGAACAGGGUAGCUGUGCUGGAACACCCGUCAAAACAAGCGAUGAGCAGGGUAGCGGUGUGGUAACGACUGUUAAAGCAAGCGCUGAGCAGGGUAGCUAUGCAGGAACACCUGUCAAAACAAGUGAUGAGCAGGGUAGCGGUGUGGUAACGACUGUCAGAGCAAGUGAUGAGCAGGGUAGCUGUGUGGGAACCCCCGUCAAGCCAAGCGAUGAGCAGAGUAGCGGUGCAGGAAUGUCCGCCGACCUGACCCCCAAGGUUGAGCCCAGUGAUUUGGCGCUGAGCGUUAGCAGUCCCAGUAGAACUCCUCUGAGAGGUACAGGACGUCCCCGGGGAAGGCCCAGAAAGAUCAAACCCUGUGAUUUGACAGCGGGUGCUAGCAGUCCCAUUAGCACGCCCGUUAGAGGUACUGGACGCCCCCGGGGGAGGCCCAGACUGAACAAGCCCACUGGUUUUAAUGCUAACAAUCCUAAUUACGUGCAGGUUAGCAGUACGGCAAGUCCCCGGGGAAGGCCCAGACUGGUCAAACCACCGGAUGAUGAUGAGGAUGACACAUUCCCUUCAGUUGGACAGAAUUUGUGGUUCCAUUACGAUUCUAUAGAAGAGGUGGACAAACUCUUGGAAGCCUUGGCCGAGAAAGGUGCUCGAGAAGCUCCUCUGAAGACAUCCAUUUUAAACCACAGAAAACAUUUAGAAGAAUCUAUAACAAAACCAAAAGAAGCCCUAGAUGAGCUCGAGGAUGGUGCCAAACAGCUGAUGGAGUCCCUGAGGGAAGACAUCAUUCAGAUUGAGCGGGAGCUGACCGAAGGUUGGCUCGGUGAGUCUGAAAAAAAAAAAGAAAACUACUAUGCAUCAACACAGCAGGAGUUAUCCGAGUGUUUGGUGGAGGUCCAGCGCCACAUACAGUUCAAGUAUCUGAAGGGAAUCAUGGCCCCAAUCAAGAAGCCCAUGCCGUCAGAAAAUCCGGAAUUGCCCACAGAAUAUGAGGAGUUGGAGAAUCCUGCAGUUCAACAAUGGAGAGAUUCAGUGAUGAACAGCCAAACCCUGUCCCGGUUACACCUGCUUGUGAGCAUGUUUGAUUCGUGCAUAAAGUGGGAGAAAUCCAUAGCCACAAAGAAAUGCAAAGUGUGUCGUCACCAAGACACCAGUAUACCACUCGCCAUCUGUGACCAGUGUGAAGGUAGCUACCACUGGAGCUGCAUGCGUCCACAGCUGCGGGAGACGCCACCUGAGCCCUGGCUGUGUCCUGCUUGCCAGCCCAAAAAGAAUAACAGAGUCAACAGAGAGAGAAGUAAAGCUGGCCAAGGGGAGGAGGAACCUGAAGUCCGCGGUGAAAUUAAGCAGGAGAAGAUUUGUAGAGUGUGUGAGCGUGGCUUGGGUCUCAUCUUCUGCAGCAAGUGUCCUGCUGCUUAUCAUUCAGAGUGUCAUGACCCACCCCUCCAGACACGUGCCAGGAAAGAUUGGGAGUGCGUCGACUGCAAAAGUGCUUCUUCCAAACAGAAGACACGAUCUGGGCGAUCAGUCAGCUCAAGAACACCAUUCCAGGCAGAAAAAGAAACGACUAAGGAAAGCAAAAGCCGGUCAAGAAGCGGAGAAAAAUCGAAGAAGCGCAGUGGUGGCAGCAGCAAGGGAAGUAGUGGCGGAAGACAAACCCUGAGGCGUUCAGCGAGAGCACGGUACACAGAUUCUGACGAGGAGGAGGAAGACGACGAUGACGAGGAUUAUGAGGAGCGUCCGUCUAGAUCAAGGGGAAGCAGGAGGAGCUCACGAAGAGCCACCGGAAAGAAGAAUUAUAGAAUUGUUAGUGAAGACGAGGAGGAAGAGGAAGAGGAAGAAGAAGAAGAGGGGGAGGGGGAGGGGGAGGAGGAAGAAGAAGAGGUGGAAGAGGAGGAGGAGGAGGAGGAAGAGGAAGAUGUAAGUAUUGUAUCUGCUGCUCGCUGCAUGCUCAAGUUUCCCAUUUUUACGUGUGGUUUGCAGUACGAGAUGAGCAAUUCAUGCGUGUACUGUGGUUUAGGACCCAGUAAGAAAGGCGGUCAUGCACAGCUGCUGCCUUGCAUGACCUGUGAUUCCGCUUUCCACCUCCCAUGUGCCCGUAGUCAUGGCCUAACCACUUCCUCCAAGAGUUCGGCUUCAUACCAGUGCUCUAGAUGUUUAAGGAAUGGUAGAAGCCCAUCUAAAUCUCCCAUGAAAAAGGCCCAGAAUGCCGAGGAAAAGGAGGACGGAAAGGAGAAUGACGAAGAGGAGGAGGAGGAAGAGGAAGAGGAAAACGAAGGGGCAGAAGAAGACGAGGAAAAUGAGGAUGCAGAAGAGGAAGACGAGGAGGAGGAGGAAAAUGAGGAGAAUGAUGCCCAAGAGGACGACGAUGACAAUGAAGUUGGGGAAGAGGAGAUGGACGUAGAUGAAGGGGAAGACGGAGAUGCUGAGGACGAGGAGGAGGAGGAGGGUGAAGACAUUGAGGAAGACAGUGAGAGGGAACAGGACGAGAUGGGGGAGGACGUGGUGGAAGAGGAAGAGGAGGAAGACGACGAUAAUGAGAACGUGGAGUCGGAAAGUGAAGAUGAAUAAUUAUUCAGCUGUGAGUUAACGUAAUUAAGCAAAGAGGAAAAAUAUUGUCCGAUGUUUCAGUGCAUCUCUGAAGGCAAAGAUGUUAUCAUGAUUUUUUGUAGACUACUCCCCAGGCAUCAACACAGCUGUUUUACCUCAAUCUUCUUCUUCUUUGGCUCUUCUCUUCCCUUUCUCUUUCUUUCUUUUCUUCCCUCUUUUCAUGUCCUCUUUUCGCUUCUGUUUUUGGCUCUUCUUGUCUCGUUCUUUUCCUUCCUUUUUUCAUUCUUUCCAACGGCCUACAAGAUCUGUGUCAGGGGAUCUACAUCAGGUAGAAUGUACUUAGAGACAACAGUGAGAAACUGUCACUUUGUAGGUCAUCAUCAUUGAUCUGUAAGUUUUUUUCCCCCCCAGUCAGAAGGCUGUUAGUACCAAUAAGUUCCAAGGGAAAACUAUGUAUUGAUUAGACAUAUAUUAGACAUAUAUCAGGGUUUGGAAUAGCUAGUAAACUCCAUUGUAGCUCGUAGAUGUUAUGGGAGGUACCUGUUUCAUUUAUGUAAUAUCUUUCACUCUCUGCCUUCCUUUUAAUUGUAGCAGUGGAGUGUAACAUGUAUACUUUUGUUAGGCAGAGGCUUUCUGUUGCAGGAAAAGCUGUCAUCUUUUUAACAAUAAGUAAAGAGGAGACUUUUAUAUAUGCAUUUAAAGGCAUUAAAGUAUUGGCACUUAUAGAAACUGUAUUAACUUCUUUUUUUUUUAUGAUCUUUAUUAUUAUCACCAAACAAGUUUUCAUUGUAACGUUUAAAAAGGAUCCCAAACCGUUUAAAAAUAUAUGUACAUACACAUACAUAUAGAUCUAUUUUAUUUAGGAGAAAGGAAGGAAAUGUUUUGAAGCAUUUAUUGGCUGUGUGUGUGUGCAAAAACAGCUGAACCACACGAGACAACCAGACUCUGCUUGUAACCUGUGGUAGAGAAGUACCACAAGUGAUAGCUUUAUCUCUCUCGUUAGGAGAAUUCUGUUGUAACACCUUUUCUAUGUGAAUAUUUUGCCAAGUGUCCAACUGCAAAUAUUAUCACAUUCCAAAACUGUGGAUUAGGAAUUAAGUUAUGGGUAGAUAGUUGUCAGGUAUGAUGGUAGCUAUAUAUUAUAUAUAUAUUCAUCUACUAAUGCUGAAAUGUUGAGUUAUAAGAUAAUGAUAAUAAUAAUUAAUAAUAAUAAUAAUAAUAAUGAUAAUGUUAAUAAAAAAACAACUAAGAAACACCCUCCAUAUCUCAAUGUGGCCCUUAUAUACUGCUUCCAACUUAGGAAAUAAUUAGAAAAGUGUUCUGUUGAACUUUCUCUGUACCUAGUUCCCCUCCCCCCCUCUCCCCAUUUUCUUUGUCCCCAGUUACGGUACCCUUUUUUCCUCGUAGAUUAAUGUCACUUGCGAUUGAUUAAAUUUGUAUUGUUUUGUUGUUUCAAGAAAAAGAUGUUCUGGUUUUGUUUUGUUUUGUAUUCUGUUUUCUGUUGUUGUUUUUUUCCUUCGUACUUUUUUUUUUUUCGUCUUUAUGUUCUGUCCUCACCUUUUGUCAUAUUUCUUUGCAGUGUGCAUUAGUAAAUUGAUAUCAUCAUGUUUUCUUCACCAUUUGGUCCUCCUUUCUUUUAUGUCCUUUCUGCCUCCUUAUCCUCUAUUUGCCUUAUUCUUUCUAUCAGCUUCCUCUUCCUCUCCUCUCCCUCUUCCCUUAUUGGAUCCUUCCAUCUGUCUCUUCUCUUUCUUCCUCUUCCUUCUUCUCCUCCUCCUCCUCCUCCUUCUGUACCUCUUCUCCAUUUCUUCCUUCCUUUCUCCCUCCUUUUUUCAUGUCUUAUCCUCUUUUUAUUUACUACCUGAUUUUUAGGGCCUUCUCUCUCCCUAAUUUCCUAAUACCAUUUUGAUAUUUACUAAACAUUUUGAAAUGCAUUUAGCAUCAUGACAAGUGUCCAUCUUGGCAUAUAUUAGAUUUUGGAUCUGAUAUUUUUUCUGUGAAAAGUAUGGUUAUAGAACACAUCUAUUUUGUGAUACUUAUGUAUAUAGGUCCUAUUUAUUCUAAUGACUCAUUAUUCCAAGUUUCUAGUUUCCGAGUGAGUGUUGUCAAUGACAAUAUACCAUGAGAGUUAGAAACUAGAUUGUGAAAUUAGUUGUGGAGGCAUCUUUGGAUUUGGCCAAAGCAACGGUGACAUCUAAACCUUAGGACUUUUAGGUUAUAAGUAGCAUCCUGGGAACCUAUUAUGGUACAAGUUAAGGGGUGUGUUUCCCCGCGUUUGUUUGAGCGAUUCGCAAAAUUAGCCGCACGUUUUGUGUCCAUAUGAAGUAAUUUCGUAUGUUACACUAAGCAUUGGAACCUCUUUCAGAGUAUGAUGAUAUAUUUCAUAGCAGACUCUCUCUCCAAUAGCAGCUUCGAAAUUGAUAGGAAACGUAGAGUGGGAGGGAAUUGUUUUGAUAAGGAAGGUGCAUUGUAGAAGUAGACGUUAAAGAUAGUAUGUAAAAGGCAAUAAUCUUAUGGAUCAGUUUUAGGAGGUAAUUCUUUCCGUUCUCGAGCAUAUUAUUAGGUGUAAGAGGAAGCAGUGGGAUUUUCGUUGUGAUGGGGGAGGAAAAAUCAUUGUGUAUAGCUAAUAUUAAAAAAAGGAAAAGGAUGAACUGCUUUGUAUACAUGACAAAAUUUCAUUCCCAUAAUUAUCUGUAAUUUAUCCUUUUCUGUAGAAUAUUUUUUAUCCAAGUUUGAAGAGAUAAUAAAAAAGGUUUUUGCAGAUUAUUUUUAUCACUUGUAAACUUAAUGGUAUAUAAGUCUGAAACUAAUUUAGGUAUUCAGAAUGUAAUAUGUUAUUUAGACCAUGUAUUGGAAGUGUAAUCUUGACAAAUGACCCGUGUAAUGCUAAAUUUUGCAGGUACAAGUCAGGCAGGGUCAUCCAUCCUGUGACUUUUGGAUUACUGAUAUAUACAUAAUGUUAGUUAAACCUCUUGAAAUUGUCAAAGUUUUAUGAUGUGAUGGAAACCUUACAUCAGUCUUCUUUGGCUGAAAUGUGUACUAUCAAAAUCUAAUGAUGUAACAGAGGAAAUAUUUACAGUAUUGUAAUUCUGUCAGAAAUGGUAAUACCAAUAUUUUAUUGUGCGACAGAGGGAAAUUUCACGUCAACAUUCUUAGCUAUGUGUUUCUUUUCCUGGUUUUGCAGUCUUCUUUUGAAAACACUCGAGCAAAGUGCACAUGUAAACUAAUAGUUUUGUAUCCAGUCUACCAUAGUCCCAUGAUGCAUUUUUUUUUCCUUUUCGUUGUUUUAUUUUUUUUCACUUCUUGGAGUAUCUCAUGUUCUGUGAAUCUUGGAUAUAUUCUUUUGAUUUUGCUAUGUCUUUCCUCUUUCUUUUUUCAUUUUUUUACCUUUUUUCUUUUUCCUUUUUCUUUCUUAUUAUUUUCUUCUUUCUUUCUCAUUUAUAUAUAUAUAUUUUUUUUCUUUUCUUUUCUUUUUUCUUUUUUUUUUGUGAAUGGCCUAAAAAGGGAAACAAAUUUGCAAAUAUAUUUAACGUAUUUGUGAUAUUCCUGCAGCAUUGUCCACAGUGAUUCCAUACGUACCAUGUUCCCAGACCCCCUCUACUAAUGCUGUAGCGACGUACAAUGACGAUCACUUUAGUCCCACAAGUUCUUGCUUCUCGGUAUGCGUUUGUUAUUUGUAUCCAUGAAUAUAUAUAUAACAGCUUUUGAGUAAAGCCAGUUUGAAGUUUUGAUAUACAGAUAUUUCCAGUGAAGCCUGGGUUGUGUGCAUCUGGCCAUUGUGUGUCACAUCCCUUCAUGACAGCAGUACAACACAUAUGACUGCAUCAUUCAUCAUGGUUGCACAAUGCAGUUUGUUGCAGUGGACAGUAGCAAUGCACGAUGGGGCAAUUGUCUCUGUUAUUAUUUUUUACAGAAUGUGCUCUCAGUUCUCUGAGCUAUCUUGACAUGCUUCCUACAUUAAAAGUUAUAAAGGCUUUUAUUUUUUUAUGUUUACUAAGUUGUGAUGGUCACAAAUACAUACUUAAUAAUAGUUGGUAGAUUGGUAAUUGUAGCACAAAGUUUUAUUUACCAGUGAACUGCAGUUACUUCUUUUUGCCUAUUUAGAUACCGGUACAUUGUGAUAAUUGUUUGACCAUACUGUUUGAAGUAACAUGAGUGUCUAUAUGAACUCUUCUGUGUUCAUAUACAUGUGCAUGUGAAAUGGUAUGUCAGCAUUAAUAAAAUACCUUAAGAGAACAUGACAGAUCACUGUACAUCAUUCAUAGAGAACUAAAAGAAAGUAAUUAUAGUGAAAGUUGGCAGUUUCCAAUGUGGAAUUGACUUCUCUUUUUUCCUAGUUUUAACUGAUGCAAGAUUCCGUGCAUCAGCAAAGUAUCGAGUGAGAAAAUUUUUACAUCGGUCACUCUAUAUAUAUAUAUAUCAAGGUUCCUUCAGAGAGAGAUUAUCUCAAGUAACUGUUCUACCUCCAUAUGUUUACUAUAGAAAUUGACUGUUAACCACGUGCUCUUCUCUGUGAUGUUUACUUUAUGGAUAUUUCGCUCAUUGCACGUUAAUACUAAUGAUUGCAGUGAUCCCUUUUGUUGACUUAUGCCUAUGAUUCCCGGAAAAAAAAAAAAGUUGUAUUAAUUGAUUGCAGUCACAGAUGCAAUGUCAGCAUUACAGCUUGCACAGUUGCAAGGGAAGUAAAGGGUUUUCCUCAAUAGCCAACAAAUCUGCUGUUCACUUACUCUUUUGUGAAUCAUGACCUGCAAACUCUACCAGUCAAGUCACAUGGUAAUCGUGUGAAUUCUGGUAAAGAGCUUCGAAAGAAUGUGCAUUUAUGUGUCUGAGAGUAUUUUUGAAUGACUGUGCGUGUGUGUGUGGUUGCAUGCGCGUGCAUGCCUGAGUGAAUGUGUCUGCAUGUGUGUAUAUAUACUAUAGCAAUAGUCAUAAUGAAAUGCUUUCCAAGUGGUAAUCUUUCAUAGUUUUUUCCCCUUCCCCUUUUUAUGGUAUCGGCAUUACUGUAUUUCCUACUUGGCUUCUCGGGUAAAAGAAAAUAGAUAAAACGACUACUGAACACCUGUGUUUUGAUAUUGGCGACUCAUCUGGACUCUGAAUGUUCGAUGUCAAAUAGCAAGGAUGAAGGAAUAACCAUGCUGCUUAAACACAGCUACCACAUAUAUUGAUAUGUAAUUCUUCAUACGUUUUGAAGCACUGUAGCUAUCUAUUUUUCAUGUAAUAAUAAAUAGUUGAAAGAUA